CGUCCCUCCGCCGCUCCGCCUGCCGCCGCGCCAGCUGCCGCCCUCGCCCCUGUCGGCAGCCGCCGCCAUGGCGGACCCGCCGAUGGAGGCCCGGCCGUCGCUGCCCAUGGAGCCACGGCCGUCGGUGCCCAUGGAGCCGAGGCCGUCGCUGCCCAUGGAGCCGCGCCAGUCGCUCCUCACGCGCAACCGCGAGAUCGCCCAGAUCCGCGAGGAGCUCAAAGUCUGCGGACUGGAGGUCACAAGCGAGCAGGCCAAGAACCACGCCCUCCUGGAGGAGUCCUCCCAGCUGGACUCGGAGAUCUUCGGCCACGACAAGCGCGCGGGCGCUGCGGAGGCGAGGCUUGCCGAGGUGCACUACGGCAACGAACGCUGGGAGGCCGAGCUGGCGCGGCAGCAGCAGGCCCACGCUGCCAUCAUGCUGCGGCUGAACAGCGAGCUGGCCACGCAGCGCGCCACAGAGGAGCGUGCCGAGGCAGAGGCUGCUGCGGAGCGGGAGCGAUGCAGCGAGGCGAGCGGCGAGGUCGAGAGGCUGCGGGGCCGUCUCGCCUCGGAGACCGCCGCGCUGGCACGGGUGCAGAGCGACCGGGAGCAGAGGAGUUUUGAGGGCGCGGUGUCGUCGGGGGCGGCCGCGGCGGCCGAGCAGCUGCUCUCGGAGGAGCUCGGGGCCGCCUCCAGGUGGGCGGAGGCCCGCCGGGCGGAGACGGACGAGGCGCGGCGGAGCCUCGCGCAGGUCGAGGCGGACUUGGCCGCCCAGCUCGGGGAGCGCGCGGCGCUGCGCAGGUCCCUGGGCGAGGC